CAACGAUGCACUACGGAUGGCCAGCUCCUAGGCAGACCCUCCUGACCUACGCAAAGGAACACGGCUUGAUCCUGAUGAUGCACCGGCGCAACCCACCGCUCUCCGAUGAGUCUGACGGAGAGAGCAGCGACGAUGACAUCAGUGAGUCAUCUGCGGAGGACAGCGCAGAGGACAAUGAUAGGACCGGUGAUGAGCCUUCCGGUCGAGGAAGCGACGAGUCAGAUAGGAGUGGCAUCGAGAAGACUUCCAAGCCGUUGCCGUUUUUCAUCAGAGCGAAGGGGACGAACAUCGACGAACGUCCGUCAAUGGUAGCUGCUAUGGAACAUAUGUUCGCUCAGCUAUCCGAGAAGGAUGGUCUACGGGUUCCUAAGACUAUGGACAUGUACCCCACGCUGCAGCACGGUGGAGGCGAGCGGCAAAUCAUAUCUGUGUUCACGAACUACCAUCUCCUCCGAAAGGACCUCCCCUCACCUGAGGAUGUUCAGAAGUUCGGAGAGGCCGUGGGGAUCACUGCACAGCCGAAGUGGUACAUCGAUCAGGAGAAGUACGAAUGGUACCUAACCAGAGACCCGUACAGGCGGUGAUAUCAUCUGCCGUAACAUGACUGCCGUUUGGUUGUGGGCAUACUUAUGAUCUAUCAUAUUGUAUAUAACAACUGUAUGUAACCAGCAACACCCCCGCGCCGCACGGGAUGUGGUUCGUGGUUCAUCAUGGACACCGAGUUCGAAGGCAAGCAAAUGUAUAUAGAUCUCACAGCGAACGAUGAGCCUGAGGAAGCCUUUCAC